AUGGCCGACGCUUUAUCGGCUGUUCCGCCUGCCGUUCUUCGCAACCUUGCUGAUAAGCUCUAUGAAAAACGCAAAAAUGCUGCUCUUGAGAUUGAGAAUAUAGUCAAGCAUUUAGCUAGUAAUGGAGAUCAUGAUAAAAUUGUGGCUGUCAUCAAUUUGUUGACUACAGAAUUUACUUAUUCACCUCAAUCUAAUCAUCGAAAGGGAGGAUUGAUUGGAUUGGCUGCUGCAACUGUUGGGUUGACUUCUGAAGCAGCUCAGCAUCUUGAGCAAAUUGUGCCUCCAGUGCUGAAUUCUUUCUCUGACCAAGAUAGCAGAGUUCGUUAUUAUGCUUGUGAAGCACUAUAUAACAUAGCUAAGGUUGUGAGAGGGGAGUUUAUUGUAUUCUUCAACCAGAUCUUUGAUGCAUUAUGCAAGCUUUCUGCAGAUUCUGAUGCAAAUGUACAAAGUGCUGCUCAUCUCUUAGAUCGCCUUGUGAAGGAUAUUGUGACUGAAAGUGAUCAAUUCAGUAUUGAAGAAUUUAUACCACUGUUGAGGGAGCGCAUGAAUGUAUUGAAUCCAUAUGUCCGCCAGUUUUUGGUAGGAUGGAUUACUGUAUUGGACAGUGUCCCGGAUAUUGAUAUGUUGGGGUUUCUUCCUGAUUUUCUUGAUGGAUUGUUUAACAUGUUAAGUGAUUCGAGUCAUGAAAUACGUCAACAAGCUGAUUCAGCUCUUUCAGAGUUUCUUCAAGAAAUUAAGAACUCACCAUCUGUAGAUUAUGGUCGUAUGGCUGAAAUACUGGUAGAGAGGGCAAGUUCUCCAGACGAGUUUACGAGGCUAACAGCUCUCACUUGGAUAAACGAGUUUGUCAAACUUAGUGGAGAUCAGCUUGUUCCAUAUUAUGCAGACAUUCUUGGAGCCAUUUUGCCUUGCAUAUCAGAUAAAGAAGAGAAAAUUAGAGUUGUUGCCCGUGAAACCAAUGAAGAGCUACGCACCAUGAAGGCUGAUCCUGCUGAAGGAUUUGAUGUAGGAGAAAUCCUCUCCAUUGCCAGGAGGCAAUUAUCUAGUGAAUGGGAGGCUACUCGAAUUGAAGCUUUGCACUGGAUAUCAACCCUUUUAAAUAACUAUCGCCCUGAGGUUUUGCAAUAUUUGAAUGACAUAUUCGACACCCUGCUCAAGGCACUUUCAGAUCCAUCUGAUGAGGUUGUUCUUCUGGUUCUUGAUGUUCAUGCAUGCAUUGCAAAAGAUCCUCAGCACUUUCGUCAGCUUGUUGUUUUCCUGAUGCACAAUUUCCGGAUAGACAAUUCACUUUUGGAGAAGCGUGGUGCUUUGAUAAUCCGUCGGCUUUGUGUGCUUUUGGAUGCUGAGAGAGUCUACCGUGAACUUUCUACAAUACUAGAAGGAGAAUCUGAUUUGGGUUUUGCAUCAAUUAUGGUUCAGGCUUUGAAUUUGAUCUUACUUACAUCAUCAGAACUAUCUGAGCUUAGAGUUCUUUUGAAGCAAACACUGGUAAAUCCUGCCGGGAGGGAUUUAUAUGUUUCUUUGUAUGCCUCAUGGUGUCAUUCUCCAACGGCAAUCAUAAGUCUUUGCUUCUUAGCUCAGACUUACCAACAUGUGAGUACUGUGAUUCAAUCUCUGUCAGAGGAGGAUAUUAAUGUCAAAUUCUUGGUACAGCUGGAUAAAUUGAUCCGUUUGCUGGAAACUCCGGUCUUUGCUUAUCUUCGACUGCAGCUUUUGGAACCUGGAAAAUAUACAUGGCUAUUUAAAGCACUGUAUGGUCUUCUGAUGUUGCUUCCUCAGCAAAGCGCUGCGUUCAAGAUACUGAAAACUCGCAUAAAAGCUGUGCCAGCAUAUUCUUUCAAUGAGGAUGGUGACGUAGCCGUGGACAAUGGGAACUCGCACAAUGGAAUCAAUUUUACUACAAGGAUAAAACAGUUUCAGGAAAUGCAGCAACAGCAUCGCGAGCAUUUCAGAACACAAGCACAGAUACGCAAAAAGAUCGCACCUGUACCAAAGGAGGAGGAGGAGGUUCCAAGACAACAAGAAGAAACAAAGAGACCUCAAUUGAGUGAGCUUAAUGUUGUACCAAGAUCAUCCAGGAGAUCUAGCGAGCUAGCUAGAUAA